CCGGUGUUACUCAGUCGGGAGCGGGCUCAGUGAUACGCCACAGAUAGUGGUCAUCAGGAGCAGCAGUAUCAGGAGCGUUCCGGAGGAGUAGCUUCCGCCACCCGGGAGGCCACCGAAAGUUUGAAGCCUUCGUGUGCAGGAGUCGGGAGUCGGGACCUCCAAAGUUCGGUGCCAAGUGUCCGUUAAUGAGCCGCACCCGAGAGCGAGUUCGGGAAGUUGGCGACGGCCUCGUGCGUUCUUUCGAUGAAUUCCAAGCACAGUGAGACGGAACAGUCGGUGAGCAGAUUGGCGCAACUUUGCAGCUUCCUGUUUCACCUGAAAGUCUUGAUGGGAUACGGUCUCUACAGUUUCUUCGCCGAGCACUGCGUGACCGUGUUUCUGCGACGGAUUUUCUACCCUCCGGUUGUUGGGCAGCUCGAUAGUGACAAGUGCCGGCGGGAGCACCGGGACACCACGCACCUGUUCGACUCGCGGCCGGAGCUGGCCAGCCUGAGCGGUACCCGGAACGCGUUCCGUGGCGGUCGCAACGCGAUGAUCGACGCCCACGGCAACGCGCUGCCGCCGCUCAGCCCGUCCAGCAACAACAACUCCACGACGGAGCUGGAGAAUGACAAACCGACCCUGCCAAUGACGCCCGCAAGAGCAUGGGACCAGUACGGCCACCAGAUGACGGACUUCGAGAAGCAGGAGAUCGAGAAGUACAAGGAAAUCUACUAUCUCGGGCUGGAUGCCCGCAAGAUCCACGGCAAGGCGGGCGUCGGAGCGAACGCCGGGUUCGACGAUGAGAACGGCUGCUAUCAGAAGAUUGUGCACGACCACAUCUGCUACCGGUACGAGAUCCUGGAGAUCAUCGGCAAGGGCAGCUUCGGGCAGGUGAUCCGGGCGCUCGACCACAAAACCAAGCAGUACGUGGCGAUCAAGAUCAUCCGCAACAAGAAGCGCUUCCACCAUCAGGCCCUCGUCGAGGUCCGGAUAUUGGACGAGCUGAGGAAGAAGGACACGGACGGUGGCCACAACGUCAUCCACAUGCUCGACUACUUUUACUUCCGCAACCAUCUCUGCAUCACGUUCGAGCUCAUGAGCCUGAACCUGUACGAGUUGAUCAAGAAGAACAACUACCAGGGCUUCAGCCUGAGCCUCAUCCGGCGGUUCUGCAACUCGAUCGUCAAGUGUUUGCGGUUCCUCGACGAGCUCAACAUCAUACACUGUGAUCUGAAGCCGGAGAACGUGUUGCUGAAGCAGCGUGGCAGCAGCUCGAUAAAGGUGAUCGAUUUCGGCAGCUCGUGCUUCUCGGACCGGACCGUCUACACGUACAUCCAGUCCCGGUUCUACCGGUCGCCGGAAGUUAUCCUCGGCUACCCGUACGGCAAGUCGAUCGAUAUGUGGAGCUUAGGUUGCAUCCUGGCGGAACUGUACACCGGGUAUCCCCUGUUUCCGGGCGAGAACGAAGUCGAGCAGCUGGCGUGCAUAAUGGAAAUCCUGGGCGUCCCGCCGAACGACGUUUUCCAGUUGGCCACCCGGAAAAGACUAUUCUUCGAUUCCCGAGGAGUUCCGCGGUGCAUAACUAACUCGAAGGGCCGCAAGCGGAAGCCGGGCUCGAAGACCCUUUCGCAGGCGCUCCGGUGCAACGAUACCGUGUUCAUCGAUUUCGUCAGCAAGUGUUUGGAGUGGGACCCACACAAGCGCAUGACGCCGGAGCAGGCCGCACGGCACGAGUGGCUACAGCCGAGUGCAUCCUCGACCUACGUUUCGUCCAAGUCGAAGGAGAGCAGCGACAGCCAGCUGAACUUCCUCCACAAACUGCAGCGAUCUCAGCCAAUGACACCAAACACCAUCCUGCCGGAGAUUAAGACUCCCUCCAAUCGCACCCAGCGGUACACCAAAGAGCGCGUCAAAGCAACCGAUCUCGAAACGGCACAACAGCAAUACUCACUGCACCGGCCACUGCACGGUGUCCGGAAGGCGACGGCCCUCGUGAACGCGGCCAGCAAUACGAACCACAACAGCAACCACAACAACAACAACAACAACAGCGGCGGCGGCGGCGGCGGCGGCGGCGGCGGCGGCGGCGGCGGCAGCACGCAGACAAUAAACGGCACGUCGAAGUACGCCGCCUCGUCGACGUCCUCGGCCCACCACCAUCACCAUCAUCACCACCAUCACGGGGCCGGGGCCGGGGUGAUGCCGCACUCGCAGAGCACCGGCGACGUGUCGGCCAUCUUUGGGCGCGCAUGACACGAAACGUUGGCCCGGGCGAAGGACACUAGCAAAAUCAUUAGCCUCAUCUAGGAGUACGUGCACCGUCCGGCCAAACACUGAACCCCCCGGGGGACGGUUCGGACAGUUUCCCGGGCGGAAAUAAACUAGGAAAAAGGGGGUGCACAUCGGUGAUGCUUUCCCGGUGGUGAUCGGUUCAGAUUCGGUAGAUUAGACACGCGAGAGAGGAUACCGAUUACAGGAACUGGCGACCCGACGUUGCGCCGUUGCGAAAGACAGCUCGAAUCGUGCAGCUUAAUCCGGUGGCCCCAUUUGGCCCCCGGCGGCGAGGGACGAGUAACACGGAAACCAUAAAACAUUAUAAAGUACACUACAUAUUACGAACAUACGCCCGAGUGGCGCCCCAAGGACCAUUCGUAGGACCUUCCGCGGAAGUAUCUGAGUUAGUAGAGAGGGGCUCACCGCAGGUCAAAUUUCUCCCUCUCCCGCGGCACGGCGCGUUGCAUGAUGCUUCCCCCUUCUGUGACCCGGACUAGAGACCCUUAGACUCGCCGGACCGAAUCGAAUCCGAUCGAAUUAGUGAGAGCGCGCAGUUGAGAGCCAGGGCCGCUAGGGAGCGAAAGAUGUAUCUUUAUAUACAACCCCCCCAUACGAUAAAGAACUAUAUAUUUAUUACGAUAACAAAGCGCGUAGUAGUGUGUGUAGAGUGGAACCGGCGAACCGCGUCAAGAUAGUGGCGGUGUUGGGAGGGACUUCCGGGGGCCGCGAGCCGCAGCCGAGGCGCUGCGCAAAAAUGCUAGUGACUAAUCAUUAAUCUGUAAGUAACGCCGCCCUCAAACGCUCCCCCGAGUUCUUCUCUCAUCCAUUACGUAGAGAACUCAUUCUGUCGGUUGUCGGGCAUACUCGUUUCGUGUUUCUUCCGUUUCUGCUGGCGAUUGCAGGGCACCAGGGGAGCAUGGGGAGGACUUCUCUUCCAUUGGCUUCCUGUCGCCGCCGUCAGUCGGUAGUAAUAGAUAGCGAUUGAGAGGGCUGUAGGAAUCGUCCGGCUCGAUAGGUGUGUCCCCGAUGUGGCCGUGCGGUCGUGCGAAAAUCAUUUAAUCAAUCCCCCUUAAAUGUUGGAGCGACUGUGGCCCGAUCGUGGCUCUUCGUUCGGAAAGAAUCGUGGCGCGGUGCCGAAAUGGUAAUAUAGAAACAAAACCUUAAGAAAAAAAACAGACUACAAAAUAAACUGCAAAGAGUAACAAAUAAUUUUACACUGUACAUUCGUGGGCACUCGCCCUGGGGCGGGCGAAAAACGGUUGGUGCGUCGUGGCGCCAGAAGGCAGGAAAGGAAGAAGCCCGCAGAAAAACCGGGCGACACGGAGUGCGAAAGGAAGGGAAAUAUUAAUCGUAAGUGACAAGGAAAAAAACAACAACAACAACAACAAUAAAGUU